AUGGGCGCCUGCGCUAUGGCUUUCAGGAGUGGCAUGCAGAAGGGAUUAAUCCACACUGGAUCAAGUCCUGGUCAAGAAUCUCUUAUUUCUUUGGGGGAAGUCUCCUAUUCAGUGCCACAUUCGACUCAACGUGCCGCGCCCUGGCCCGACCUUUUCAUAAUGAAACACUUGUUCACUAUAUCGCUAGUAUUUAUUGGGAUAUUGUGGAGUAAUGCAGUAUUCUCAGUGGUUGGAACCAUCAAUAUUGAUGUGAAUAGAACAGCGCGCGUAGCGGUGGUAACUGGAGGAAAUAAAGGGGUUGGUUUUGCAACCGUCAAAGGGUUGUGCCAACGGUUCAAUGGCAUUGUUUAUCUGACAGCCAGAAGUGUGGCGCGAGGACAAGCUGCUGCUGAAAAACUCAGAAAAAUUGGCUUUCAGCCAAGAUUUCAUCAACUCGAUAUCACGGAUGACUCAAGCAUCAAUGCGUUUAAGACUUAUCUCAAUGAUACACACGGAGGUCUGGACAUCCUUAUCAACAACGCUGGCAUUUCCUUCAAGAAAAAUGCCACCGAACCUUUUCCUGUCCAAGCAUCUGAAACUGUGCGAGUCAACUAUUUCGGCUUAUUGAGAGUUUCCAAGGCUCUAUUCCCACUGUUGAGACCCCACGCCAGAGUUGUUCACGUGUCCAGUGCUUUCGGACGUCUACCCUUAAUACCAGGCAAUGAAAUCAGAGCCCGAUUCUCUAACUCUGAGCUUACGGAAGAAGGACUGAACCAGAUUAUGAGAGAUUUCGUAGAGGCCACAAAAAGGAAUAAUUAUCAAGCUUCAGGAUGGCCAGACAACCCAUACAUGGUAAGCAAAGUUGGUGUUUCUGCUUUGACUGGGAUUCAACAAAAAGCAUUUAAUGCAAAUGCCAAAGAAGAUCUUGUAGUAAAUGCGGUCCAUCCAGGAUAUGUGAAUACCGACCUGACCGACCACAUGGGUACUUUCACUCCCGAAAGGGGAUCCCAAUCUUCGCUUUACGCUGCACUAUUACCACAAAACACUGAGAUUAAAGGAAAAUACAUCUGGCACGAUAACACUCUUGUUGAUUGGGCCAAUGGUCCCAGACCAGCUGCCUGACCAACGGAUUUUUAUAUUUUUACACAUAGAAGUUCAUUUGCUCUUUAUGAAAGUUUUCAACUUUUUUUAAAUAAUAAAUCGACAUAUACCUUGUGA